UCUAUGGGGUCGCACAGAGUCGGACACGACUGAGGCGACUUAGCAGCAGCAGCACCUUCUUGAACCGGAUUUGGAAAUGCAGACCGCGCCAGCAAAAACGCUACAGAAAAGGCAAGUUCUCUUUCUUGCUAUAUUGUUCCUUUUGUGGGAGGCUGGCUCUGAAGAAAUUAGAUACUCCAUGCCAGAAGAAACAGAAAGUGGGUCUUUUGUGGCCAACCUGGCAAAAGACCUGGGUCUCAGGGUGGCGGAACUAGCCACGAGGGGCGCGCGAAUCCAUUACAAAGGAAACAAACAGCUCUUGCAGCUGGAUAUAACGACCGGGAAUUUGCUUCUAUAUGAAAAACUAGACCGGGAAGUAUUGUGCCGGGCAACAGAUCCCUGUAUACUGCAUUUCCAACUAUUACUGGAAAACCCGGUGCAAAUUAUUCAGGCUGAUCUACAGCUCACAGAUAUAAAUGACCAUUCCCCAGAGUUCCUAGAGAGAGAAAUGCUUCUAAAAAUCCCAGAGAGCGUCCAGACAGGGACUGUGUUUCCUUUGAAAAUAGCUCAGGACUUUGACAUAGGUAGCAACACGGUUCAAAACUACACAAUCAGCCCCAACUCCCAUUUUCAUGUUGUCACUCAUCAUCGUGGAGAUGGCAGAAAAUGCCCAGAGCUGGUGCUGGACAAAGCACUGGAUCGGGAGCAGCAGCCUGAGCUCAGUUUCACCUUCACUGCGCUGGAUGGGGGUGGGAGGGCUCCGCCCAGAUCUGGGGCCACUACAGUCCGCAUUGAAGUCGUGGACAUUAAUGACAAUGAUUUUUUACAGUCCGUCUAUGAGGUAUAGAUUCCAGAGAACAGACCCCUAAACUCCUUAGUUGUCGCUGUCUCUGCCCGAGAUUUAGAUGCAGGAACAUAUGGGAAAGUAGCCUAUGCACUAUUCCAAAUGCUUAGUCAGCCAUUUGUAAUAGACGAAAUAACAGGAGAAAUUAGUCUGAAAAGGGCUUUGGAUUUCGAGGCAACUCGAUUUUAUAACGUGGAGAUUGCAGCCAAAGAUGGGGGGGGGGGGCUUUCGGGGAAAUGCACUGUAGCUAUAGAGGUGGUGGAUGGGGACGACGACGCUCGCAAACGGACCAUGUCGAGACUCAUCAGCUCCAUUCCUGAAAACUCCCCAAAGACUGUGGUGGCUGUUUUCAGUGUUUACGAUCCAGAUUCUGGGGACAACGGUAAAAUGAUUUCCUCCAUUCAGAAUGAUCUCCCCUUUCUGUUGAAACCCAUGUUCAAAAACUUUUACACUCGUGAGAGACCGCUAGACAGAGAGGAAAGAGCCGGGUACAUCACCAUCACAGUCACUGACAUGGGAACCCCCAGACUGAAAACGGAGCACAACAUAACCGUGCUGGUGUCCGACGUCAACGACAACGCCCCCGCCUUCACCCAGACCUCCUACACCCUGUGGGUCCGCGAGAACAGCCGCCCCGCUCUGCACAUCGGCAGCGUCAGCGCCACAGACACAGACGCGGGGGCCAACGCCCAGGUCACCUACUCACUGCUGCCGCCCCACGACCCGAUCCUGCCCCUCGUAUCCAACAACCCCGACAACGGCCACUUCUUUGUCCUCACGUCCCUGGACUUCGAGACCCUGCGGGCCUUCGAGUUCCGCGUGGGCGCCACCAACCGCGGCUCGCCGGCGCUCAGCAGCCAGGCGCUGGUGCGCGUGCUCGUGGCGGACGCCAACGACAACGCGCCCUUCGUGCUCUACCCGCUGCAGAACGCCUCGGCGCCCUGCACCGAGCUGGUGCCCAGGGCGGCCGAGCCGGGCUACCUGGUGACCAAGGUGGUGGCGGUGGACGGCGACGCGGGCCAGAACGCCUGGCUGUCGUACCAGCUGCUCAAGGCCACGGAGCCCGGGCUGUUCGGCGUGUGGGCGCACAACGGCGAGGUGCGCACGGCGCCGCGCGACGCGCCCAAGCAGCGGCUGGUGGUGCUGGUCAAGGACAACGGCGAGCCGCCGCUGUCGGCCAGCGUCACGCUGCACGUGCUGCUGGUGGACGGCUUCUCGCAGCCCUACCUGCCGCCCCCGGAAGCGGAAGCGGCGGCCGCGGCGCCGGCCGACCCGCUCACCGUCUACCUGGUGGUGGCCUUGGCGUCGGUGUCGUCGCUCUUCCUCUUCUCGGUGCUGGUGUUCGUGGCGGUGCGGCUGUGCAGGAGGGGCGGGGCGGGCUCGGCGGGUCGCUGCCCGGUGCCCGAGGGCCACUUCGUGGACGUCAGGACCCACAGGUACCAGUAGGAGGUGUGAUUGACCUUAUGCUCGGGAUUAAAUGAGUUUAAACUCUUAAAGCCGAUUCUGGCCAACCUCCGUUGAAUAGAGGAAAAUGCCAACUUUCGGAAUAGCUCUGGAUUCAAUUAGGGAUCUCAUCAUGAUGCAAGGUAUUUGUCAUUUAUCUGUAAUUCCCCAAAUGAAAAAUUUGAGAACCUCAUGGAGAAAAAUCCCACAUUCAGGUAUAUCAUUGAUUUCCCUUUUACAAUGAACUUGUCUAAUUUUGGAAAACUCCAUUCGAUUCUUACCGUUUUUGUUUUAGCGUGCCAUUCCAAAUCUUUGCAUGCUGUUGUUUUCUCUACAUUCAUUCUGCUUCAUCAUACUCUAAAAGUUUAUUUGAUGCUAAAUA